AUGGAUUUCAUCAAGACCAGUUCCCUGCGUGCUCUGAUUGAGUUAACUUUCCAACGCAACUGGAACGGCCUAAUUUGGAUGAGUAGAAAAGGAGUUAUAACCAAAAGAGUGAAGACUGUCCAGACGGCUCUAUCGAGAAAGCAGCGCCCAACCGCGCAGUCCGGCUGGCCGAGAAACUAUUGUUUCGCGCUCGGCCAAAUCAUAUCCGUCCGUCUGAAGUCUCGGCCAAAGUUCGAAGACCGGCCGAUCACAAUCACGACCCGGGAAUAUUGCCCGCGGUCGGCCAAGCCACCAUCACGUCACGCACGCGCACGACCAUGCCGCGCGAGCCGGGGAACAAGGCCUCGCGGCCGCGCAACCCAUUCGCGUACCACGGCCGAUGCAUCCGUCCGAGCCGGGAAGACGUCCCACGUCCGGCCGAGAAACCUUCGGCCAAAUCUCAAUCCGCCCGACCACGCCGGCCGACCGUGCAAUCAUCCGGCCACGACCGUUCCGACUCGGCCCAAGAUCCACCUGACCGGCCGAUGA